GACCCCCCUGUCACGUGACUCAUCCCUAUAGCGCCCCCGAAUCUCUCCUCUCCCGACGCUCUCGCUCCCCAACCAUGGCCACCCUCAGCACCCUCCAAACCCGCUCCCCAGCCCCGCACAAAAUGACCAAACUACCCCCCAAGAUCCUCGCCUCCACCAGCACCACCCGCCUACCCCCUCAAGCAAGGGCAAUCCCGUCUUUUCCACCGCCUCCCCUCCGGCCUCCAAAUGGAAGUCAUCAGCCAAAAGCCUCUAAAAGAACUGGAUUCGGGCCCGAAUCCGGGCCCGAAUCCGCCUCUGGUUUUUGUGCAUGGGAGCUUUCACGCGGCGUGGUGCUGGGCCGAGCACUGGAUGCCCUUCUUCUCGGGUUAUGGGUACGAUUGCUACGCUGUCAGUCUCUUGGGUCAGGGUGAAAGCGAUUCACCUUCAGGGUCAGCAGCUGGUACUCUCCAGAUGCAUGCAAGUGAUAUAGCUGAUUUCAUCCGGAAAGAAGUUAACUUGCCACCUGUUCUAAUUGGACAUUCAUUUGGAGGACUUAUUGUUCAGUCUUACCUUUCAAAUAGAUAUUCCUCCCAUAGGUCAUCUUCUUCUGUGAGUGAUAAUUUGCAUCCACUGCUUGCAGGAGCUGUUUUAGUGUGUUCUGUCCCUCCUUCAGGAAACAGCGGGCUUGUAUGGAGGUAUCUUUUGACAAAGCCUGUUGUAGCCAUCAAGGUUACGCUCAGCUUGGCUGCAAAAGCCUUUGCAAAUUCCUUGUCUCUCUGCAAGGAAACAUUCUUCUCUUCAAAAAUGGAUGAUCGCCUAGUCCAAAGAUAUCAGGAGCUAAUGAGAGAAAGUUCAAAACUGCCACUUUUUGACCUAAAGAUGCUUAAUGCAUCUUUGCCGGUUGCAUCAAUUCCAAAGAAUUCUGUGGAAGUCCUAGUAAUUGGUGCAAGUAAUGACUUCAUUGUGGACAAAGAAGGUCUUCAUGAAACUGCAAAAUUUUUCGAUGUUCAAGAAGUGUCCAUCCAAGGUGUUGCACAUGAUAUUAUGCUGGAUUCUUCGUGGGAAAAGGGAGCAGAAACAAUAUUGUCAUGGCUUAAGAGUUCAAGUAAACAGCCAUUAACUCCCUGACUCCUUAAUGUUGAUUUUUCUUACAUUGUGCGUUGUUAGCUUGAUUUUUGUGUUCUCUACGAUGGUGGAUAUGUUUGUUCUAGUACUGAAAUUCAAAAUUGUACAGCAGUGAGCAACUAUUAAAGCUAUAGUUUCAUAAUGAAGCCUCAUAACAUUUUUUCGCUAA